AUGGCAGCUACUCACAAUAUCACCCUGACACAGUUCCUCUCCUGGAAUCCAAGUAUUGAUCCAAUCUGUGCCAACUGGGCAAAUCAAAUUGGUCAUGUCAUUUGCGUCGGUAAUCCUGUGGGAUACCUUGAGCCGACCGACGCUUAUGCCACUUCCGCGACCGUAACGACUCCAGUGGCUGUUCCUACAAAUGCCAUGAAUGGAUCCCAAUCUUAUUGUGCGCAGUGGUACAAUGUCAGCGCCGGGGACUACUGCUCGAUGACUGCCGUUAAAUACGGUAUUACCUUAAAUGAUUUCUAUUUCCUGAAUCCAGAAAUUGACGCCAACUGUACCAAUCUUUGGGCUGAUGUCUACUACGGCAUGUCGGACUCAAACACGACGACAUCCAUCUCUACUACUGUCCCAACGAGCAGUAGCGCUACAUCUACGGGCCCUCCUGGUCCAACUCAAACCGGAGUUGUGGCAAACUGCCAGCAGUGGUAUGUGGCCCGGACUGGAGAUACGUGCUAUGACAUUGCGGCAACGUAUGGCAUCACGCUGGACCAAUUCUACGCCUGGAACCCCGCCGUUGGGAGUGACUGCUCAGGCCUGCGAGCGAGCUACGCCUACUGUGUCAUGACUCCAGCAACCUCAAGUACCACGAUCCCCGCGACUAGCAUUACCACUAGCGCCACUCCUCCUGCGGCAACACAAGCAGGUAUCCCUAGCAAUUGCAAUGCAUACGCGGUUACUGAGUCCGGCGACGGAUGUCAAGUCUUUGUAGACCGAAAUGGAAUCACACUGGCUGAACUUUAUGAGUGGAACCCGGUGUUAAACAAAGACUGCGAAAAUUUCUGGCUUGGAGAGGCAUACUGCAUUGGUGUAUCUUCCUAG